AUGGAUUAUAUGUCAGUGUCAUCUUUAUUGCCAUUGUCAACAACAUCAUCAGAAACAACGUUGGAAUGUGAAUCAUGGAAUGAUUUUUUGUAUAGGAUGAUGGAUUGCCCUUCUAUAUUUAUAAAUUUAGCUAAACUUGAGUUUUUGUCAUCAUGUAAUGGGUUGGUAUGGUUACGUACCGUACAUUGUAUUACAUGUAGUAGUAGUUGCGACGAAGAAGAAGAAUUUUAUAUUUGGAAUAUGUUAACGAAAUCUUACAAGAACAUACCCGCGGCACCACAGCGACAGGUAAACAACGAUGAUGUUGAUGGAUAUGGUUUUUGUUAUUGUUACAAGACUGGCGAUUAUAAAUUGCUAAGGGUUGUUUAUGACCAGGCUUCAGAGUGUUCUAUUGUUGACGUUUAUUCAUUAAAAUUAAAUUCAUGGAAGUGCUGUCAAAGCAUACCAUACCGUAUUAUUAAUCAUGAACAAGAUGGUGAAGGAGUGUUCUUUAAUGGAGCUAUUCAUUGGCUUGCGUAUCUCACUGGAGAGUCUGAACAAGACUCCAGUAUCGUACUAAUCUGUUUUGAUGUUGUGUAUGAGAACUUCGAUUUGGUUGCAGCACUUUCAGAAGAUCCAAUGCCAAAUCUACAAGAACCUUUGGAAGUAGAUACGUUUUGUGUGAAGUUAGGAGUAUUGGGAGGUUUCCUAUGUUUGGUUUUACAUGUUUUUCAUAUCCAGGUUGAUGUAUGGACGAUGCAACAAUAUGGAGUGACAGAAUCUUGGAUUAAAAGCCUCUCCAUUACCCAGGAGAGUAUAAUUAGCAGCAGGAAUGUGGAGUUACUAUGGAGUUUCAAGAAUAAUGAAAUUUUAUUGUUUGUCGAUCAAGGGUUCGUUUUAUAUGACCCAAACAAUGAAAGAUACAGAACACUGAUGCUGAAUUCUCAGAUAACUGGAAGCCUAAAUAUAUCAUACAAUGAUGAUAUGGUUAGUCCAUUUUCUCUUAACUAA